CACAAGCCCUUCCUCCUUGUAGGACAACGCACACGACCAUGACAGGAUAUUUCGUAUCCAUUCCAGCCACCCCAUCACCGCCAUCCUCACCACCUCGGUCUCAUCCCACCAACACACUCACGGUGACCAGCCUUCCCAAGUCGUUCUUCGACCCCUUGAUUCUAGAUGUGUUGCGCAAUCAUUUUUCGUCUUAUGGUCCUCUCAACCAAUGGGUGCCCCUACAAGGUUUCGGUCGUAUAAUAGUCGUUUAUGAAGUCGAGCACCACGCAGAGUCGGCAAAACAGCAAUGUGAUCCAAUCGUUUUAAGUGCGGCGCAUGAUCGUUCACAGGUGAUCCUGCGCGUAUAUCGCGCCGACCCUAAUCCGCUCAUCCCACAAGGAGUAUCCACGUCAUGGAUACCAGAGACGAGCUACCUGCAACCACCACCGGUGGAAAAGAAUUUCCUUAUCUCACCGCCCGGGUCGCCUCCUGUAGGCUGGGAGCCUAUCAAGGAAGACCCGCCUAAUUCCUGCCCGCUUGCUGAUGACCUGAUGGCUGCCUUGAAGAAACUUAAGACUUAUGAGGAGCACGAGCCGGGUCUAGAGCUUCUUCUGGAUCCUAUGGACGGUGCGGGCGUCGGUGUGUAUGUCGAAGACUUUGAUGCGGGGUGCCCGAGCAUUGAGGUAGAUGAGGAUGAUUGGGUGUACGGCGAGUCUGCACCUGCAAGGGAGAAAUGGAGACAAUUCGCAACCGCGAUGCCGCCCGUACUCACCGUUUAG